CUAUCAUAUUGUUUUUAAUUGAAGUUGAGAUUAUCUGACACUGAGAUCACUUCAGCUAGCAAAAAGAUGGCUUCGAUGAUGUCAAAGAGUGCGAGAAGAAAAAAUGGGCGGAGUUGGCCCUCUGAGACGUGGAUGGAAUCUACCCCUUCAGGUGUGUUCAACACAAGAAGUAGACACAUCGAAGAGGAUGAUGAAGAUGAUCUCAAAUGGGCCUUGAUCGAACGCUUACCCACCUUGGAUCGCGUGAGGAAAGGGAUGCUCAGAGUAGUUCUUGAUAAUGGUAAGGUUGAGUUUUGUUCGGUUGAUUUCAACAAUCUUGGGUUACAGGACAAGAAGCUGUUACUAGAGAGUGUACUAAAGUUCGUGGACGAUGAUAAUGAAAAAUUCUUACGUAGACUCAGAGACAGAAUUGAUAGGGUGGGGAUUAAAAUUCCAAAAAUUGAAGUCCGAUAUGAGGACUUAUCGGUGGAGGGACAUGUGUACGUUGGAAGGAGAGCACUUCCCACUUUACUUAAUGUUACACUCAACAUUUGUGAGAGUAUCAUGGGAUUGGUUCGCCUUGUACCUUCCAAUAAGAGAAAAAAUCAUAUUCUCAGAAACAUUAGUGGAAUCCUAAAACCUUCAAGGAUGACGCUACUUCUAGGUCCUCCAGGUGCAGGGAAAACAACAUUACUUCUAGCACUUGCAGGGAAGCUUGACCAGGAUUUGAAGGCUUCUGGGAGAAUCACAUACUGUGGGCACACACUAGAUGAAUUUGUUGCAAGAAAAACAUGUGCUUAUAUUAGUCAACAUGACCUUCACUGUGGACAAAUGACAGUGAGAGAGACAUUGGAUUUUUCAGCACGUUGUUUAGGUGUAGGCACGAGGAAUGAAAUGUUGGAAGAACUUUCAAGAAGGGAAAAAGAAGCAGGAAUUAAGCCAAACCCUGAUAUUGAUGCAUUCAUUAAAGCUAUAUCCAUAUCAGGCCAAAAAUCUAGUUUGGUCACAGAUUAUAUUCUCAAGACACUUGGACUGGAUACAUGCGCUGAUAUUAUGGUUGGGGAUAACAUGAGUAGGGGUAUUUCUGGUGGACAAAAGAAACGUCUUACAACAGGGGAGAUGCUGGUAGGACCAGCGAAGGCAUUAUUUAUGGAUGAAAUAUCAACAGGAUUGGACAGUUCUACUACUUUUCAAAUAUGCAAGUUCAUGAGGCAAAUGGUUCAUAUAAUGGAUGAAACAAUGGUGAUUUCUCUUCUACAGCCAGCACCAGAGACAUUUGAACUAUUUGACGACAUUAUCCUACUUUCAGAAGGUCAAAUUGUAUACCAAGGUCCACGUGAGAAUGUCCUAGAAUUCUUUGAAAACAUGGGUUUCAAAUGCCCUGAAAGAAAAGGAGUCGCGGAUUUUUUACAAGAAGUAACAUCUAAGAAAGAUCAACCACAGUAUUGGUUUAGAAGAGAUGAACCUUAUAGGUAUGUUUCAGUGUCUGAAUUUGUGCAAUCCUUCCAUUCAUUUCACGCAGGAGAGCAACUUGCAAAAGAGUUGAAGGUACCUUAUGAUAAGAGCAAAACUCAUCCUGCUGCAUUAGUGAAAGACAAGUAUGGCAUAUCAAACUGGGAAAUAUUGAAGGCGUGCUUCUCAAGAGAAUGGCUACUUAUGAAACGUGACAUGUUUGUUUACAUGUUUAGGUUGUCGCAAAUUACAUUGUUAUCUGUUUUAGGCUUCACUGUAUUCUUUAGAACCGAAAUGCCAGUGGGAAAUGUUCAAGAUGGACAAAAAUUCAUUGGAGCACUGUUUUUUAAUCUAACGAAUAUGAUGUUUAAUGGGUCAUCAGAACGAGUCUUGGUUGUUAAUAGGCUUCCUGUGUUUUACAAACAAAGGGAUUUCAUGUUCUUCCCUGCAUGGGCACUUGGAUUACCUAUGACGGUUCUCAAGAUCCCAAUAUCCCUUAUGGAAUCAGGAUUAUGUGUUAUCCUUACAUACUAUACCAUUGGAUUUGCUCCUUCAGCUGACAGGUUUUUCCGGCAAUUCUUCGUAUUUUUCGUCAUUCAUCACAUGUCUGUCUCUCUAUAUCGACUCCUUGGCGCAGUUGGCAGAACAAAUGUUAUUGCUGGCGUGGUGAAUGGCUUGCUUUUUCAAUUAAUAGUUGUAUUAGGAGGAUUUAUUAUUGACAAAAAUGAUAUUAAGCCAUGGUUGAAAGGUGUCUCUUACAUUUCUCCUAUGAUGUAUGGACAAAAUGCCUUAGUAGUAAAUGAAUUUUUAGAUGAAAGAUGGAGUAAACCAAAUACAGACCCUAAAAUAGAUGAACCUACAGUUGGAAAAGCACUUCUCAACUCUAAAGGCUUUUACACAGAAGAAUAUUGGUUUUGGAUAUGCAUUGGAGCCUUGCUUGGGUUUGCUAUUAUUUUCAACCUUCUCUUUGUCGCUGCAUUGAUGUAUCUGAAUCCUUUUGGUGAUUCAAGCGCAUUCAUCACGGAUGAAGAUGACAAGAAUGAAAAUUCAACUUCUAGACAACAUAUCAUUAAUAAUGAAGGAGGUCCAAGUGUAAACAUUAUUAGCUCUUCUAAUCAAGAACGAAGAACAGGAAUAGUCCUAUCAUUCCAACCUCUCUCACUUACAUUCAAUUAUGUGAACUAUUACGUUGAUAUGCCUUCCGAAAUGAAGAGUCAAGGAAUCAACGAAGAUCGACUUCAACUGCUAAAUGAUGUGAGUGGUGCUUUUAGACCAGGCGUAUUGACAGCACUUGUGGGUGUUAGUGGUGCUGGGAAGACAACCCUUAUGGAUGUGUUGGCUGGAAGAAAAACAGGUGGAUACAUUGAAGGAAGUAUUAGCAUCUCAGGUUAUCCAAAGAACCAAUCAACAUUUGCUCGUGUCAGUGGUUAUUGCGAACAAAAUGACAUUCAUUCUCCAAAUGUUACUGUAUAUGAAUCACUAUUAUUUUCUGCAUGGCUUCGACUUACCUCAGAUGUAACUACACAAACACGAAAGAUGUUUGUUGAGGAAGUUAUGGAGUUGGUUGAGCUUAAACCAAUUAAAGAUGCUAUAGUGGGUCUUCCUGGGGUAAAUGGUUUAUCAACAGAACAAAGGAAAAGGCUUACUAUUGCUGUAGAAUUGGUUGCCAACCCUUCAAUUAUCUUCAUGGAUGAACCAACAUCUGGCCUUGAUGCUAGAGCUGCUGCUAUUGUUAUGCGAACUGUGAGAAAUACAGUAGACACUGGGAGAACCGUUGUGUGCACAAUUCACCAACCAAGCAUAGACAUUUUUGAAGCUUUUGAUGAAUUAUUAUUGAUGAAAAGAGGAGGACGCAUUAUCUAUGCUGGACCUCUUGGUCUCCACUCACAUAAGCUCGUAGAAUACUUUGAAGCCAUUGCAGGUGUUCCAAAAAUAAAAAAUGGCUAUAAUCCUGCCACAUGGAUGCUUGACAUCAGCACUCCUUCAAUUGAGACCCAACUUGGCAUAGAUUUUGCAGAGAUUUAUGCUAACUCUACACUUUACCAAAGGAACCAAGAGCUUAUCAAAGAACUUAGCACCCCAGCACCAGGUUCCAAUGACUUGUGCUUCUCUACCAAAUAUUCCCAAUCAUUCUUUGUGCAGUGGAAAGCUUGUUUUUGGAAACAAUAUUGGUCAUAUUGGAGAAAUCCUAGCUAUAAUGGCAUUCGACUCCUCUUCACAUUAUUCGUUGCUUUGUUGCUUGGUGUAAUCUUCUUGAAUAAAGCCAAAACAAUCCAAAAACAACAAGAUUUAUCCAAUGUUUUGGGAGCCAUGUUCACUGCUAUGUUGUUCCUUGGAGCCACUAAUGCAAUGGGAGUGCAACCAAUUGUUGACAUAGAAAGAACUAUUUUGUAUCGUGAAAAAGCCGCGGGGAUGUAUUCAGCAUUGCCCUAUGCACUUGGUCAGGUGACAGUCGAGGCAAUUUAUAACUUAAUUCAAGCAGCUAUUUACACUAUUGUCUUUUAUUCUAUGAUUGGGUUUGAAUGGAAGGCAGGGAAAUUGUUCUCAUUCUACUACUUCAAUUUGAUGAGUUUUAUCUACUACACAUUGUAUGGUAUGAUGGUUGUAGCAAUAACCCCAAGUUACCAAAUUUCUACCAUUUGUAGUACUGUCUUCUUGAACUUUUGGAACUUGUUCUCCGGCUUUGUCAUUCCUAGGACGAAAAUUCCUAUCUGGUGGAGAUGGUACUAUUGGGCCUCUCCUAGUGCUUGGUCGAUCUAUGGGCUUGUUACUUCUCAACUUGGGGACAAAAAUGCGCUAGUAGAAAUCCCAGGAGGUGAAAGCAUUAGUGUGAAGGAACUCCUCAAGGAAAGCUUUGGUUAUGACUAUGACUUCCUACCAGUAGUUACUAUUGUUCAUGUAGUUUGGGUUCUCGUUUUCUUAUUUGGCUAUGUCUAUGGCAUAAAAUUCCUCAACUUCCAAAGAAGAUAGGCAGGAAUUCUCUUAUAAAGUGAAAGAUGCACUUUAGAGAAAUGUAAUAAUAACUAUUGA